CUUACUGGUAUGUGCUUUGUCCCCAUAAGGAGUGCCUUACUGGUGCAGUAUACUGGUAUUCUAUACCCCCAAUUAAGGGCUCCUAAUAUAGACCUGGCCUUAGACCCACUACCAACCCUACUAAAGUGAUUGGGAGGCUUUCCACCCACUACAAUGGAUCAGACCCCUAAUGCAAAACUAACACAUCUUUUCUUGGUCUCUCUCUGCAGCAGUUUAUUUGUAAGGGAAACCAGGAAAAUGUCCUAAUUUGACGGUCGAUUCUUGUAAACAUCCAAUAAAUUCCCAGGGCUGGGGAAAGUGUCCCCUUUGGACCAUGUUGAUGAUCAGCUUCCUGGACCUCCACUAAACCUGUGGGGCUUAACCCCAGCUCUGAACUCCCCCAGACUUUGAGGUAUUUGAAAUCCGGAGGCUCUACAGUUGUAACAGAUGGGGAAACACUGUGUAGGCACUCUACAGGGUUAAAACCACCAGAUACAACAUGCCGAGGGGAAAACUCUCACGCACAUGAGCUAUUUUGCAAGUUGGUGCCUGCAACACAGUGUAAUGAAAGCGAGAGGCAGGGUGGGGGCGAAUAUGCUGCUGUGACUUCCGUGGGUUGCACCAGUGUAUUCAUUUGGAUCAAGGCAAAUGAGGAUGAUUUAUUUCUGCAGCAGCCACACUGUACAAUAGCAAACAAGAAAGAGGUCCCCAUCCCAAGGUUCAACAGUGUUAAGGCACAAAGGGUAGGUACCGCGAUGGUCAUACACAAGACAGGAUGAGAGAAGGAAGUGAAUGGGGUGGACUCAUUGGAUACAGAAGACAACACGAACUAGGUGAGCUUGUCUCUUGAAGGACAAGGGGAAUGCAUCUGGUUGAACAUUAACCUGGAGCUUAGCUAAGAACAUGAGGUGUCACAAAAGGAAGUACAGUAGCCCAGAGUGAGUGAAGGAGGCAAAGGGAGUAUUCACAAUAGUAGAUUGGCAGAGCAUACGGGAUGGGAGGGAGCAUAGGAGGAGACAAAGGCAGAGUCCCAGAGCACUUUGGAGGUGAAGAGGAGAACCUAAGAAGAGAGGAAGGGAGGGUGGAGUUGGAAGAAGGACAGAUCUCCACAGAGGGGCAUUGCUUCCACACUAAUGGCGAACCCCGUGGAAUGAGAUGCACGCUGGAUAAAAAGGAGAUAGCGAUCCGCAUGAAGCCCGUUUCUUCACCAUGGCCUGUGAAAGCCAAGCAGACGGAGCUGAGAAACAAAGUCCCCUCUCCUACUGUGGGACCCAUGCAGAUGACAGCUCCCUUCACUGGGUGAAAGAGUUUCACAAUGGCCAAGUGCUUAUGGUUCUCACUGCUAGCAAUACCUGCUCUUCCACCUUCUUUGAUAUGGAGCUUUGUGCAGAGAAACUGAAGACCUUUGGAAUUCAGAUGACAAUGGAUCAGUGGAGGAAUUUAAUUCAAAAUGCCAUUCUGGAACCUGAAGUAAGAAGAUACAUGUUCUACAACUCCAGAGCUUUUGGGAUAGCCAUUGCUGUGAUUUUCUACAUCUCAGUCUGGGCAAAUAUUUACUCCACCAUGCAGCUGUAUUCCUUUGGGUGCCACUGGGAAGUCAGCAUUCUGGUGACGUUGGCUGCCAUAGCACUCACUAUAGUUGUUAUAUUGAUUAUUGACCAACAUCAAAGGAAGAUACACGUGAAUACUGACGUGAGGCUGGCAGCUGCCAAUGAAGUCUUCAUGAAGCACAACUUACUUCUGGGGGUUGCAGAUGCCAUGGACAGACACCAGAACAUUCUACAGCUUUGCUUUGUCCAUUUCAACCUGGAGCAGUGUCGUCACUCCUUAGCAGGCUAUAUUACAGAACGGAAGAGAAACCACGAGUCAGCCCUGAGGCACAAUCUGGACCAGUUCUGUGUCACUAUGGAAACAGUGAUCCAGUCGGGUCAGGGAAGAGGAGAGGAGAGUUCGUCUGAAGAGUCGCCUCUUCUACCCAGUGACAAGAAAAGGACUCUGGUAUGCAGUGAACUGCUCCAUCUCAUUCCAGAGGGAGCUCCAGAGGUGAUGGCCCAGCAGCUGUUGGUGAUCUUCAGUGGCUAUUACAUUAGACUCUUGAUUAGUGGUCAGCUCCCUCAGGUCAUCAUGUUACGGCAUGUGGAACACAUGAAUAUUCCCUGCCUUUGCCAGUUCAUAGAGAUGAAUGUGCUUGACACAGGACACUGUUGGUUCGGGACCAGGUGACGUGAGGGGCCUGGAAAGAGUUGUUGCAAUUAAUACUGUUCAAAUACAGUGGUCCAUGGAAGAAGCCAGGGCAUAGGGAAGUCCCGGAGAGAGAUACAACUGCAUCAGGGAUUUGUUUUGACCAAUGAGAGGACAGUAAUGAGGUGGAGGACAUGACUUUAGUUAAAUAUUCAAAAUCCCAUUCAGAGACAAUAAAAGAGACAGAUACCUAACUGCCCAACCGCCCUCUUGAACAGGAGCCAAAUCUCAUGUGAAGAAGUGAAUUGUGCUGCUUAUGACUUCCUUACUUCUCAUCAGGUCUGUUGGCCAUCCAAUACAAAUAGUUGCAUUUAAGUGUGUUUGUAAUGAGCUAUCAACUCAUGCUGUGAACAGUGCAAGUAAGGAUCAUGCCUGGAUGAUGCACAGCAUGUAAAGUUCAGAUUGUUGAAUGUUUAAUGCAAGGAACAUGGCAAGAUCAUGGCUAGUUAAGUUUCCUCUUUUAUGCCCCACUCAUGUUCCUUUCAUCAUGCAUGUGUGAUCCUUGCAUUUUUCCCAGCAUAGGGAAAUGACCUGGCUGUUAUCUUUAUUUUCUUGCACAGACAUGCUCUAUUUUCUUUGGCUCUGAAGAUCAGAGCAUAACAUAUCUCAUGCUUGCUCCACGCCGGCAGAAACGCACAAACUCUUAGCAUCCCAUUUGUUCGGGACUUUUGUUGGUAUUUGUUAUUUUCUAGGCACAGACACUGCACUCAGCAUUGUACAAAACACAGAAGAUGUCACUACCUCUGACCUGGAGAAUUGUUACCCUAGGAGCAUGAUCAGAAAUGUUCCCCACGCCUUUGACUCUACCAGGAGUUAGGGGUGAUGAACAACUUCCAGAAGGUGCUUUAAAAGACAGACAACACGAAACACACUACGAAAUCUUAAGCAAAGUUCUUUAUUGAGCACCUUUUCUACAGUUUUGGGACAGUAUUUUUUUUUAUGCUAUCAUUUGUAAAUGACAUGGAAAAGGAAUUAGUUUUAAGCAGGAGACCAAAGUAUCUGCUUGUUACCGGGUUAAUUUAAUAAAUGGCAAGUGA